GGGAUAUCAGAGCGCCCUACAGUCCAAGCGCCGUUUGUGGCUGAAACAACACACAUCUCCAUUUGGUUUUUGUCACAUUUUAUUGAUCCUCGCCAAUGUCGAAGCCUCCUCCCAAGCCGGCCAAGCCAGGCCAAGUCAAGGUGUUCAGAGCAUUGUUCACCUUUGACCCCAGAACGCCAGACGAGCUGUACUUUGAAGAAGGGGACAUCUUGUACAUCUCCGACACGAGUGACACUAAUUGGUGGAAGGGGACAUGCAGGGGACGGACGGGGCUAAUUCCAAGUAACUAUGUGGCUGAGCAGGCCGAGUCUAUCGACAAUCCAAUGCAUGAAGCAGCCAAACGAGGUAAUCUGAGCUGGCUGAGAGAAUGUCUGGACAACAAGGUGGGGAUCAAUGGUUUGGAUAAGGCUGGAAAUACUGCCCUCUACUGGGGAUGUCAUGGAGGACAUAAAGAUGUGGUGGAGCUGCUGUUAAACCAGCCCAAUGUGGAGCUCAACCAGCAGAAUAAGCUGGGGGACACUCCUCUGCAUGCUGCUGCCUGGAAGGGUUAUUCUGACAUUGUGGAGAUGUUGCUGAACAAGAAUGCGAGGACAGACAUCAAGAACAAUGAGAAAAAGCUGGCUCUGGAAAUGGCCACCAACGCCCAGUGUGCCUCACUCCUCAAAAGGAGACAGGGAAGCAACAUCACCCGCACACACAGCAACGCUGAAGAGUAUUUGGACGAUGAGGAUUCGGACUGAUCCGGCUCCCUCCGCUGAAACACUGUCUUCCAUUGGGUUUGGGUGGGGGUGGGGGGUGGGGAGGUCAGAGAGUUUUAUUUUAGACCUAAAAUGGAUUUGCUGCUUUGGUUCUUACCUGUAACUCCAUUUUAGCUCUGUCAUGUGUGACAAAAGCCUCAGUUCUCCACCCUCUGCAUUGAGUCAGUGUGAAUUUCACAGCAUCGAGUGAAUGCGUUUUUACAGUCCACCUGCUUUGCCAAGUGCAUUUCCACAAGUAAAGAAUUUGUCUUGGGAGAAACCAUUGCACACUGUGGGCCGAGGGGCAGAAUAAAUGUAGUGGAGGAAAGAGGACCAAAGCACUGUGAAACACAUUCCACGCGUACAGAUUAUGUUUAACCCAUUUACACCGGCAUUAAAGUGCCAGUGCAGAUUAAAAGAUUGAUCUGGUUUGUCUCUAGUUAAGUUUUGAAAGCUGCACAUAAAUUACUAAACUACCAAAAUCGCCCAAGAGGGAUUAGAACCAUGUUUUCUGUAUCUCUUAGCCUUGUUUUCUAUCUGUAUUUUGGAGCUUAAUAUUUCUCCUUUUUUUUUUUUUAAAUCACAUGUGCUGAGGGACCCAAUGAGACAUUUUCCUAUCAAAAUUGAAGGUUAUCACAGAAAGGUGUCUGUAAAGUUCCGUGUUAUUGACUGUCCUUAUUCCUCCAUGAAACUCACCAUUAUGUACUGCAUGUAUUCAGGUUUGAGAUCAUAACAUUUCCACUGCCAUUUACCAUCUGUUUACCGGUUACUGAAAAUCUGCCUCCUGUAAAACAGACUUCACAAAACUCUUUAAUCUUUCAAGCUUUUGAUGGUUUGAUUUCUAUCCUGGGAGCAAAUUUCUGGUUUUAUAUAAGAAAAAGAUAAAGUGCCUUGAGUAUGUGUAACAGAGUGAGUGUGUCUUUGGUUGUGUAUGUUAUGUUGUCUGAGGUGAUGAAUUUCUUGAGAUAAUUUCUAUCUGCUUUGUCUUCAGUCUGCAAUAAAAGAUUUUAACUUAAAA